AUGUCGCUCGCUCCAACGACCAUGCCUGGCCAGCGCGCUCCUUCUCCCGGUGCCGGUGCCAACUUUGCUUCCAACAACCCCUUCCGCCGUGCUGCCUCUCCUCUGCCAUCUCCCGACCACAGAAUGUCGAACAAUCCAUUCCUCGACCCUCCGGCUCCGCAGCGACAGGGCUCCUCGAACGCCUUUACUGAGGACAUNUUUUCACUCACCGACCGACCUUUUCCUACUCCUCGACCUUUUGCACCUAGAACAAAGGACCUGUCAUUGCUCGACAAGAAGCCCGCUUCAGGAGGUAAAAAUACAUCACUCGUCACUCACAGAAAUCCGGCUAACACUCUUGUCNNAGCUCCUCCUGCACCUCGCAGCAAUGGAGUNCCCCGAACAGGCACUAUGCCGUCUCAGCACCGACCCGCGCGCUCACAGGAAGAUGAAUCUCGCCGACGCGGCCCCGCUCCUCCGCGAGGCCCACCGCGCCCAUCGAGAGAGAACGGCCUAGACAUUUUUGCCAGCCCAGCCAAGACUGAAAGCAGACGCCCUCGCCGCAAUUCGGAAUCUUCCAUCUUGGAUAGCAAGGAAGAAGACAGAAGGAGAAGAGAGCGACGCAAAGAGCGUGAAGAACGUCGCGAAAAGGAGGGACGAACCAAGGAUGGAAAAUCGAAGCCGACCAGGAAGCCCCAGGGCCUUGAUCUCAUUGACAAGCUUGAUGUCACAGGCAUUUAUGGCCAAGGACUCUUCCACCACGACGGACCGUUCGAUGCAUGCAACCCACACCGUAACCGUAAGAAGGAUGUUCGUGCCCCUAUGCAAGCAUUCCCCGCAGGCUCGGCCAACAACGCCCUGGGUGGAUCUGGUCCUCUGAACAAGAAUAUCGACCUCGACAGGUUUCAUGGACGUGGCGAGGACGCUUUCAACGAUUAUUCCCAGUCUCGCGUGCAAGCACCUGCCAAGCAUGUACAGUCUUUCAACCCUGCCGAUCGCGUUGAACAGAUCCACACCUCUGAAUCCGUUGGUCUGGGGACCUCGACUUUCCUUGAGGGCGCUCCAGCUUCUAGAAAGGACCUUCAACGUCGAGAGUCCGAGACCGAGACAUCUGCUUUCCCAGGAGGCGGUCUGACUCGAAAGAAGUCGCUCGCCGUACGUCUCAGAGGACUCUCGCAAAAUCGCAACAACGUAAAUUCACCUGACGGAAACUAUGGGCCCAUGUCUCCGAACAGCCCUGGCCAAGUGCAAAGUGCAGGUGGUAGAAACCGUAUUGCAGGUGCCAGCAAGGAGAGCAACCCAUUCUUUUCCGACUACAACGAUGCAUACGAGAAGAAGGGCGCAACCAUCCGCUACGCCGAAGAGACCAAGGGUAGCCGAGCAAGAGCACCGAGCUCCCCUCCCCGAAACGGACUUACUAGAAGUAUCACUGCAGACAGUGUGCCAGUCGCCGUGAACGACGUGCCCGAGAAGAGCAGCGGAGGCGGGUUCCUCAACCGCAUGAAGAGUUUGAAGGGUGGGCGUAGAGCUAGACCCGAGAGAAGAGAGUCUUGA